AUGACCCUUCCUAUCCUUACAGUGGUUGGCGCCCUUGGCAACCAGGGGCGAGGUGUCGUUUCCGCCUUUCUCGAAGACAAAGCACAGUUGAAAGUGCACAUCCGGGCCUUGACGUCAAAUCCAUCCUCUGAAUCGGCCCAAGAACUUGCCAAGAAUCCCAAUGUCUCUGUUGUCCAGGUCGACUUGACUUCUGCCGAAAGCAUCGAAUCCGCGCUACAAGGCUCCACGUAUAUUUUUGCCAACACCAGCUUCGACCCAGCAACGUUCAUAGCACAAGGAGCAAAGGCAGCAGAGGAGCUCGAGAACACCCAUAAACUGAACAUCACUCGCGCGGCGUCGAAGGUCGCCACACUGAAGCACCUGGUGUGGUCUACCCUGCCAGAUGCGAAGGCAGCGUCCGGCGGCAAGUACCAUAUCCCUCACUUUCAGAGCAAGGUUGCCGCGGACGAACUCGUCUUGGACGCCAAGAGUGGGCUAAGUGAUAAAACCACAUUUCUUCGUAUUGGAGUGUAUGGCUCCAACUUGCUCAGAGUUCCGCAUCGCCCUGUCUACUAUCCCGAUACAGCCACACAUAUCGUACAAUAUCCAGUGGGCCCAGAUGUGAAAUUCGCAUUCAUUGGUGACGAGGUAACCAACACCGGCAUUUACACCAGAGCGAUUCUGGAACAGCCCGAGAAAACCAUCGGCCGGAUUAUUGUGGGAGUCGCUGACUAUCUCUCGUGUACCGAGUGGGCAGCCAUAUUCCAGAAGGUGCAAGACAAGCUUGGCUCAGGUAGCAAAGUCUCGUUCAAGGAAUGUUCUCUAACGGAAUACGAGGAGAAAUGGGGCGGUAUCGGAACUGAAAUCGGUCUGAUGAUGUGCUAUUUUAACGAGUUUGGCGAGAGAAGCUUUACCACGACUACAUGGGGCUGGCCAGUCAUAACAGCUGGGGAUCUCGGGAUUGAGCAUGACUUGCGCAGCACAGAGGAAACAAUGCUGGGCUUGGAGUGGCCAGCCCAUAAUUAG